GCAGGCACGAUUUGCUGACUUCAGUUGUAAAUAUGCAUCGCAGGAGAGCGGGAUGAGAUUUGCGCCUCCGUAUCGAUCGAUGGAUGAUCGAUCAAGUUAUUUGACUAAGUACAGCUGGUGUGAAAGCAGCCUAGUGAUUAGGGUGAUUUGCGAGAACAAAAUUCAAAAAAAUAAUCGUUGUACCCUGAGAAAACCGUUGGUUUGGCAACAUGGAUAUUAUUCAAUUACUGGAAAAGUUGAGGCUGCAUGAAGACGAAAUAAAUAGGACUCACGUGAAACAGAAAGCUGGUGCAGACAAAAUACUUCCAGAAUCUCAGAAAAACAAUCGAAAUACAAAGAAUACGAACUUCAAGAAACAUAAAAACAAUAAUCCAUUGGCAGAAGCACCGACUAAUCCUAAGCACCUCGUUGCAUCGAUAAGCGAUGAUACAAGCCAAAGCCAAAAAACGAGAAUUCGUAACACUAAUGGUCAAACAAAACAAUCUAAAGCAAAGCAGAAUGAAAAUGAAGAAGGCCAAACCGAAAAUAUACGAAAAGCAAGAAACCGACCAACAUUCAACCGCCAAUGGCAGAUCAAACCUGUCGAGACGAUCGUUCGUUUGCCGCGCACCUUGGCGACCAUCGAUCCGACCAAAGACUGCCCGAUUUGCCUGGAGCAGUUCAGGUCCGAGAGGGUGUUCCGAAGCCAUGUGGCCAUCGCGCAUGGUAGCGGUUUCAAACUCGAUCCACUACUAGACCACGAUCCCCGUAAUCGACGUAUCGAUCGCCAGGCGUUCAAAGUAGUCCUCGAACAACUACCAAUGGCGGUUCCCACGUUCUCGCUAACGAUCGAGAAUAAGGCCUCUGUCACGGUGCUGCUGAACUCGGUCUACAUCUUCGAUGGAAACGUGCAGUUUUUGCCGGUUUUCGCUGGGGAACAACAAGUACUUCGGAUGGUUCCCGGUUAUGUUUUUGAAGAGGAAGCCUCGUUCGACGAUCUGAUCUUGGUCGACGGUCGCCGCUAUUCCCUCAUUAUUACGGCAACUGCGGAUACAGUUUUCAGACGCCAGAUUGUAGAGCAGUACCAUUUCUCGGAGAAGCAGGUCAAAAAUAGAGGAAAGAAGACUCAGCUGAAACUGACAAAAUUGCCUCCAUACGAUAUUCCACGAUCGAUUGUUCUACUAUAUAAGAGUGAGUUCAAGAAAAAUGACCUGUAUACAGAUCAGGAGCACAACCUGUUGCGGCUAAUCGAAGGGUCCAAACAGGAUGAUUCACUAACAUUGGACAGAUACAGUAGGCAACUGACUGUGCUGAACCAAAUAGAAGCCCAACAUCUGCUCCAGGAGUAUUUCAGCUACACCAUUCUGGAACCAGUUCUCGUGCCAGAGAAGAAUACGCGUCUUUAUAGCGUUACGACUAACCAGUUCAAAAAGAAACCGUCGCUCCUAGACGAAGACGUGAAGGUUGUCUUCAUUUCGCAGGGAAACUCUAGCAUGAAAAAGGCGUACGGUGUCAUCGAGAGCAUAAGCGCCAAAACCGUUACGUUUCACAUGCAGGAAUUUGUCGAUGAAAAAAGUGUCGCCAAAGUGAUGUUCAUAUUGAACCGAACGACGUUUCAGCUGGAGAGAAACGCUUUGCAGCUUAUGGGUAGCACGUUGAUCAGGAGCAUUUGUUUUCCGGAAGCUGUCGUCGGAGGCCCACUGGAGACCAUUGCCAGCUUCCAGUGGAUUCGACGGAGCGUGGCGUCCAACGAGGAACAGAUGGUGGCCAUCCGCAAUAUCGUCAACCAAACAUCAUUUCCGGCGCCGUAUAUUCUGUUCGGACCUCCAGGAACCGGGAAAACGUCCACCCUGGUGGAAGCCAUCGGGCAAAUACACAAAUUGCGCCCGACGGUUAACAUUCUGGUUGCAGCUACGUCGAACUUCGCCGCCAACGAGUUGGCCAGCCGUCUGCUGGAUGUGAUUCCGGACGAAAGCAUUUUCAGGUUUUUUGCCUUUUCAUGUGUUAGGAAAAUCGACGAAAUCGAUUGCGACGUCCUGGACGUAUCCAACCUAGCAGGGAAGCGAUACAACAAUCUCUGCUACGAAGACAUCUACAUGUGCCGGGUGGUCGUGGCCACCUUGACCACAGCAGGCAGAUUGGUUCAGGCCAACAUAAAAUCGAAACACUUUAGCUACGUAUUCAUUGACGAAUGCGGAAGUUCCAAGGAGAUAUCGUCGCUGAUUCCGAUCGCGGGUCUGGCCACAACUGGAAAUGAAAUCAACGCCAGUGUGGUAUUGGCUGGAGAUCCCAAGCAACUAGGACCUGUUAUGCAGUACGAAUUUCUCAAGCAGACCACCCAUGGUCUUUCGAUGCUUGAGCGACUGAUGAAUCUUCCUCUGUAUUCAAGAGACCACGUGACUAAACAGUACAACCCCAAAGCCAUAACGCUACUCCGUGACAACUUCCGGUCGCAUGACACAUUGAUGAAGUUUAGUAGCGAUCUGUUCUACGAAGGACAACUUCGGGCAAAGGCUUCCCAUGACGUUAAAAAUUUGGCCAUCGGAUGGUGGCGUUUGCCCAAUAGGCACUGCCCACUGAUCUUCCAUUCGAUCAUUGGGCAAAUGAAAAAGGACAAUUUGUCGCACAGCUUUUUUAAUGCGGCCGAGGCUGAGCAAAUCAUAUUCUAUGUUUCGGAUUUGCUCACGAACGGACUGAACGGGAAACCGGUGAACCAAAGCGAUAUCGGUGUGCUAUCAUUUUAUGCUCGGCAGGUUAGUUUUAUUAAAACAUUGAUGAGAACAAAAAAAUGGUUUGAUAUAGAAAUCGGCUCAGCCGAACAGUACCAGGGACGUGAAAAAGCCAUCAUGUUGAUAUCCACCGUACGCUCCGGCAAAGACAAUGUAGGCUUUUUGGCCGAUGCCAAACGACUGAACGUGGCUCUAACUAGAGCUCGUUCGCUUCUGAUUGUUGUAGGAAAUGCUGAAACUCUACAGCAGGAUCCACUGUGGGCAAAGUUCGUCGAAUACUGCCGAAACCAUGGAGCCAUUGUUCAGAAAAGCAACAAGAAAGAAAAGAACACGAGAAACGCCAUGAAAAAAGUGAAAAAUGACAGUUCUACAACGGCUUCUAAAUCGCGGAAGAUAUUCGCGAAAAAUUCUAAUAAUUCGGUCAAAGAACCAACCAAAUCUUCAACAUUGGAAUCUCCUCUCAACAAUCAGGCCGAACUGAUGAUUCAGAAAAUGAUUCAGGAUUUUUAUCACCUUGACUUUGAAUAAUACAAUAAAAGGAUGAAAGUAUUUUUACAGCCAGACACGAUGAUACAGCGAAAUGCGUAAGACAUAUCAAAGUCUUUCUGCCUCACGUUUCGAUCCAAUAAGAGUGAGAAUGAUGUAUCAUUUUAAACGUCACUACAGUACAAAGUAGCCAAAAGUAUGUUUGUUACUUUACGCGAAUUAAAGACAAUUGCCAUAACAACUUUUA